AAACCCGCCCGGAUUCACCCCAAAAUCCGCCCCCUCCCCCAUCCACGGGCACCGGGGCCCCCCCCGAGGGGGGGGAGGGGGCACUGGGACCCCCCCUCCGCCAUGGGGCUGUGGCUGCUGUGGCUGUGGGUGCAGAUGGGGUGCGCUGAGGAGGAGACGCUGCUGAACACGAGGCUGGAGACAACGGAUCUGAAAUGGACGGUGUAUCCACAGGGAGAGGGGCAGUGGGAGGAGGUUUCGGCGCUGGACCCCGAGCGCGGCUCCUCCGUGCGCACGUUCGAGGUGUGCUCGGCGCUGGCCCCCCCCGGCCCCCCCCAGAACAGUUGGCUCCGGUCGCGGUGGGUGCCGCGCCGCGGGGCCACCCACGUCUACCUGGAGCUGCACUACAGCGUCCUGGCCUGCGACAGCCUCCCCCGGCACCGGCACCGGCGCCGCCGCGCCACCGGCAACGGAGCCGGGCACCGGAGUGCGCCUGGGAACGGCCCUGGGGACCGGGAUGCUCCUGGUGACAGCCUUAGCAACCUGCCUGGCAACCGGGAUGCUCUUGGCAACAGCCCUGGCAACCACCGCGCCCUUGGCAACCAUGGUGCUCUUCACACUGGUCUUGGUACCCAUGGUGCCCGUGGCAACACGGCUGGGUACCGCAAUCGCCAUGACAACCAUGACACCCAUAGCAACUACGCUGGAUACCGUGAUGCUCGUAGCAACGAAGAUGCCCAUGGCAACGCCAUUGAUGACCACGGUCUCCAUGCCAACCACGAUGCCCAUAGCAACGCCCCUGGAUACCACGAUGCUGUUAACAAUGAUGAUGCCCAUAGCAACUACCCUGGAUACUAUGAUGCUCUUAGCAAUGGUCCUAGCAACGAUGAUGCCCAUAGCAACACCAUUGACAACCACGGCCUCCAUGCCAACCACGAUGCUCUUAGCAACAAUGAUGCCCAUAGCAACACUUCUGGGUACCACGAUCCCCUUAGCAACGCCAUUGACAACCACGGUCUCCAUCACAGCCACAAUGCCCAUAGCAACGCUUCUGGGUACCACGAUCACCAUGACAACCGCAAUGCCCAUAGCAACGCCACUGACAUCCACGGUCUCCAUGCCAACCCUGACGCCCAUAGCAACGCUUCUGGGUACCACGAUCACCAUGACAACCGCGAUGCCCAUAGCAACGCCAUUGACAUCCACGGUCUCCAUGCCAAUCCUGACGCCCAUAGCAACGCUUCUGGGUACCAUGAUCACCAUGACAACCGCGAUGCCCAUAGCAACGCCAUUGACAUCCACGGUCUCCUCGCCAACCACGAUGCCCAUAGCAACGCUUCUGGGUACCACGAUCACCAUGACAACCGCGAUGCCCAUAGCAACGCCAUUGACAUCCACGGUCUCCUCGCCAACCACGACGCCCAUAGCAACGCUUCUGGGUCCCACGAUCACCAUGACAACCGCGAUGCCCAUAGCAACGCCAUUGACAUCCACGGUCUCCUCGCCAACCACGACGCCCAUAGCAACACUUCUGGGUCCCAGCACCGCCGCGGCCGCGCCGCCUCCUUCCCACCGCGGCCCUGCAAGGAGACCUUCACCGUGUUCUACCAUGAGGCCGACGCCGACACGGCCACGGCGCUGUCGCCGCCGUGGAUGGAGAACCCCUACGUGAAGGUGGGCACGGUGGCGGCCGAGCACCUGACCCGGACCGGACCGCGGCGCGGCGGUGGCGGUGGGGGGGGUCUGAACCGGCGCACGCUGCGCCUGGGCCCCCUGAGCCGCGCCGGCUUCUACGUGGCCUUCCAGGACGUGGGCGCGUGCCUGGCGCUGCUCUCGGUGCGCCUCUUCCUGCAGCGCUGCCCGGCCGUGACCGCGUUGCGCGCCCGCUUCCCCCCCACGCUGCCCCGCGAGCUCGUGGCGCCCGUGCAGGGCCGCUGCGUGCCGGGGGCCGUGCCGGCGGGCGCCGGGGGGCCCCUCAUGUACUGCCGGGAGGACGGGAGGUGGGCAGAGCCCCCGGCACAGGGCUGCGAGUGCGGGGCUGGCAGCGAGGACGAUGGAGGGGCCGGGUGCAGGCCCUGCCCCCCUGGGAGCUUCAAGGCGGAGGUGGGGGGGGGGCGGUGUGAGCCCUGCCCCCCCGAGAGCCAGGCUCUGGUCCCCGGCGCCGUUGCCUGUGCCUGCAGCCCCGGGCACUUCCGGGCCCCCGGCGAGGGCCCCGAGCUCCGCUGCUCCGCUCCCCCCUCGGCCCCCCGUGGUCUCCAGGCCCUGCUCAACGGCUCCGCGGCGCGGCUGCUGUGGGCGCGCCCCCGGGUCGGGGCGGAGCGCGGGGACCUCUCGUUCUCGGUCUCGUGCCGGCAGUGCCCGGCGCGGGGGGGGGCGGGGCCGUGCGCGCCCUGCUCCGGCCUCAGCUUCAGCCCCGGCGCCGCCGCCGUGCGCGCGCCCGCGGUCACCGUCAGCGGCCUCCGCGCGCGCCUCCGCUACAGCUUCCGGGUCACCGCCACCAGCGGCGUCAGCGCGCUCAGCCCCGGCCCCGCCGCCAGCGCCGACGUCAACGUCACGUGCUGCGGGGAGGUGCCAUUGCCUGUGGUGGAUGUGGUGCGGGUCGGGGCCUCCCCCACCGGGGUGACGCUGUCAUGGCCAACACCACCCCCACCCCCCCCCGGGGGGCACGUUCUGGACUAUGAGGUCAAAUACUAUGAGAAGGUGGGGGGGGGCGAGGGCCCCCCCAUGUUCCUGAAGGUGCCGUCGGCGCGGGCGGAGCUGGGGGGGCUGCGCCGGGGGGGGCUCUAUGGGGUGCGGGUCCGAGCCCGCUCUGAGGCCGGGUACGGGGACUUCGGGCCUGAGACGGCCGUGAGCACCCAGGGCACUGAGGGGGCCCGCUCGGAGCAGGGGGGGAUCGUGGCCGGAGCCGCGGCGCUGGGGGGGCUCCUGGUGCUGGCGCUGCUGGCGGGGACCCUGCUCUGCCUCAGGCGCCGCAGCCUCCGGCACAAGGAGGAAAUGGAAGAACCCACGGGGCAUGAGGGGAAGCUCUACAUUGACCCACUGACGUACGAGGACCCGGGGCUGGCGCUCAGGGACUUCGCGCAGGAGAUCGAUGUCACCUGCGUCAAGAUUGAGGAGGUCAUCGGUGCAGGGGAGUUCGGGGAGGUGUGCCGGGGCCGCCUGGCGCUGCCGGGGCAGGCGGAGGUGCCGGUGGCGGUGAAGACGCUGAAGGGGGGCGCGGGGGAGCGGCAGCGCCGGGACUUCCUGGGCGAGGCGGCGCGGAUGGGGCAGUUCCGGCACCCCAACGUGGUGCAGCUGCGGGGGGUGGUGACCGCCAGCACCCCCACCAUGAUCCUCACCGAGUACAUGGAGAACGGCGCCCUCGACGCCUUCCUCAGGGGCCGCGCGGGGGCGCUGGGCGCGCUGCAGCUGGUGUCGAUGCUGCGGGGCAUCGCGGCGGGGAUGCGGUACCUGGCGCUGAGCGGGUUCGUGCACCGCGACCUGGCCGCCCGCAACAUCCUGGUGGACGCGCAGCUCGUCUGCAAGGUCUCCGACUUCGGCCUCUCCCGUGCCCUCGACCCCGAGGGCUCGGCCGACCCCACCUACACCAGCUCCCUGGGUGGGAAGAUCCCGAUCCGAUGGACGGCUCCGGAGGCCAUCGCGUUCCGGAAGUUCACGUCCGCCAGCGACGCCUGGAGCUACGGCAUCGUCAUGUGGGAGGUGAUGUCCUUCGGAGAGCGGCCCUACUGGGACAUGUCCAACCAGGAUGUGAUCCGCGCCAUCGAGCACGGGUACCGGCUGCCGCGGCCGCCGCGGUGCCCGCCCGCCCUGCACCGCCUCAUGCUCGACUGCUGGCGCCGGGACCCCCGCGCGCGCCCGCGCUUCCCCGCGCUCGUCAGCGCCCUCGACCGCCUCAUCCGGCACCCGCCGGCGCUGCGCGGCCACCACAGCCCGGAUGCAGGCAGCCCCCCCAUGGGUCCCCCCUUUGCUGCGGUUGGGGAAUGGCUCCGGACGCUGCAGCUCAAGGAGGGCUCCGAUGGCGCCGGUGUCACCGGCGUGGAGCUGCUGCCGCGGGCUCCCGAUGCCCCCCCGGUCCCAGGCGUCCCCGGCCAAGGCCCCGGCUGUGCCCUGCAGGGUCCAGGCCAGCAGCGCCAGGCGCAGGCGGAGGCGGCCGCUGCCCCCCCCCGGCCCCAGCUGCGCCCCCAGCGCCGGCAGCGUGUGCCCCCCCCGGCCCAGCAGCACGUGGCGGAACGGGGCCACCAGCGGGGACACGAAGGGGGACAGGAGGGAGGCCUCGGCCUGGGGACGGGGUCAGUGGG